AUGACAACCUGCCGACAGCAGAAGGAGCAGUUCGCCUUCAGGUCGGAGGUCGUGGGGUCGAUCGUCUCCAGGAGGAAGAGGACGCCGUCGCCCGUCUGUCCAUCCCGUCUCAUCUCGUCUCGGGCCCCUCUCGGCCCCGGGCCCCCCUCCGCUCAGGGCCCCCCUCCUCUCAGGGCCCCUCUCGGCCCCGGGCCCCCCUCCUCUCAGGGGCCCUCUCCGCCCCGGGCCCCUCCCCACUCACGGCCCCUCCCCACUCAGGGCCCCUCACCGCUCAGGGCCCCUCUCCGCUCAGGAACCCCUCUCCGCCCCGGGCCCCUCUCCGCUCGGGGCUCCUCCCCACUCGGGGCCCCUCACCGCUCAGGGCCCCUCUCCGCUCAGGAACCCCUCUCCGCCCCGGGCCCCUCUCCGCUCGGGGCCCCUCCCCACUCGGGGCCCCUCACCGCUCAGGGCCCCUCUCCGCUCAGGAACCCCUCUCCGCCCCGGGCCCCUCCCCACUCACGGCCCCUCCCCACUCAGGGCCCCUCACCGCUCAGGGCCCCUCUCCGCUCAGGAACCCCUCUCCGCCCCGGGCCCCUCUCCGCUCGGGGCUCCUCCCCACUCGGGGCCCCUCACCGCUCAGGGCCCCUCUCCGCUCAGGAACCCCUCUCCGCCCCGGGCCCCUCUCCGCUCGGGGCUCCUCCCCACUCGGGGCCCCUCACCGCUCAGGGCCCCUCUCCGCUCAGGAACCCCUCUCCGCCCCGGGCCCCUCUCCGCUCGGGGCUCUGCCCCACUCGGGGCCCCUCACCGCUCAGGGCCCCUCUCCGCUCAGGAACCCCUCUCCGCCCCGGGCCCCUCUCCGCUCGGGGCUCCGCCCCACUCGGGGCUCCUCACCGCUCAGGGCCCCUCUCCGCUCAGGAACCCCUCUCCGCCCCGGGCCCCUCUCCGCUCGGGGCUCCGCCCCACUCGGGGCUCCUCCCCACUCAGGGCCCCUCUCCGCUCAGGGAGAGGGGCACUGGGCCCCAGGUAACAUCCCACCCUGUGACGACCCCCUGA